AUGAGGGCCGCGCGGUCUCCAAUCGAUGAUCAGGCUCAAGGAACCAAUCCCCAGGUCGAACCCCCAAGUACUCAUGUGACGCCGCCCUCCGCAAAGAGAAUCCGCGCCGAGGGAAACCCGCCGUCGAUUGCCACUUGCGAUGUUACGCACGAUACGACUCCGACAGCUAAUCACCACCCGCAACAACGACCAAUCGCGGCAUCGAAUUGA